AUGAAACGGUGGCAGAUGGUCGAAGGUUGGCAAUUGUACGUCUUCAACGCCAUGGUGGCCUACUUCUCAGCUGCGUACUUGAUAAAUCUUUGUGGAAAGAAGGACAAACAGCAAGGCUCCGGAUCUGGAUCCAGAGGUUCUAAAAAGGGUCCUAAACAACCCAGCGCUCCACCACCUCCAACACCGAAAGCUCCCGCAGUAGGAGGAAUAGCAGGCACAUACGAUCCGAACUAUCAGACCUUGGCAAACGUCCAAGGAGAUGUCUUCGGAGCCGACAAGAAAGCAGGCGCCGCUCAACCUCCCGGUGGCGCUCCUCGUCCUCCAGUUGCACCAGCAGCGGGCGGAGUAGCA